AUGGCACAGCAUAAUGUUCCCUCCCGAUCGACUCGGGUCCUUCUACCACUACUUCUAACAGCAUUCCUCUUCUUCCUGGGCGAAAACAUCCAAUCAGGUCCACGCACCCAAAUCUACGAGUCCAUUCUGUGCGAUCAGAUUCUCCCAAAUAAUGCCACUACACCACUAUCGAGCGCCAGAUGCAAAGACAAAGAUGUCCAAGAGGGAUUGGCCUUCCUCAAGGGGACAGAGAGAGUUUUAGGGGCACUACCAACCAUCUUAGUGAUUCCAUGGAGUAUCUUCGCCGAGCGAUACGGCCGCUGUCUCUCCCUCCGACUAGCAUUGUUCGGCGUCCUCUGUGAAGAAGCAUGGAGUUUUCUGAUAUGCUGGUUCUCGAACACAUUUCCAAUCCGCCUCAUUCUCCUGGCCCCUGUAUUCGAAAUCAUUGGAGGUGGUCCCGGCAUUGUCAUCACCAUGAUCCACAUCCUGGCUGCUGAAGCCGCCACGGAGGAGAAACGAACCACAACCUUUUUCUUCAUUCGCGCCAUGGCGAUUGCAGCAGCCGUGCUGGCCCUACUCGGCAGCUCACUCCUUAUGAGCCAUCAUGUCUGGGUGCCGUGGCUUUUGGGGUUAUUCUGCCUUCUCCUUGCCAUAUUGACUACCCCGUCAGAGCUACACCCAGCCACUACCCAGAAUCCUCCGGAUGAGCACACAGCAUUGAAUCCCGGACAGUAUCUUGACGACCAUAUGAGCACUGUGUCUCAGGAGAGUGGCUCCUCUAUCAAGGAGCCCGCUAGUAUAAGAUCUCGUCUUGUCCAAACAACCCAACAACUCCACCAAGGGGCGAGGGUUGUGUAUGGCAACACCUCGCUUGUCAUUUUACUGGGGAUGUCCUUCUUGGGCCAACUCGGGGAAGACUCGCUUCCCAUGGCUCUACUCCUUUACAUCUCGAAGAGAUACAACUGGGAAUUCGCUCAAGCCAAUUUCUUGUGGUCGUUAGGAGAGGCAGUUAGAUUUGUGUGUCUUAUCGUAUUGCUCCCACGAAUCAGCCGGAUGCUUCUCUCGCGUGCUGGUUCAACUACCUCCAAGACGGAUUUUGCAAUUGCCCUUGCCAGUGCAACGAUGCUCAGCCUGGGGACCUUGUUGCUCGGACUGGGUGUAUCCAUACCAAUUUCUACCAUAGGUAUUAUGCUUGCUCUCUCUACCUCUAGCCACAUCGACUCAUCUGGUAAUCUGGUAUAUGCAGGGGUCAUUCUGAUAUCCGCCACGGGAGGACUUAACUCGGCCCUGCGGUCGCUAGUGACCAUGACGAUUUCCUCCGAGGAUAUCAGCGUGGUGUAUUCGAUCUUCACGAUCCUUCACGUUCUGAGCACCUCUUUGGCAGGACCAAUCUAUUCUGGUGCUUUCGCUCUGGGACUGCAGUUUGGGGUUGAGUACACAGGGCUCCCGUUCAUUGUGGCUGCUGCUUUGGUUGGAUUGUCGCUGCCAAUGUUCUUUUUGGUUCGGCCGCGCCGUGAUUACGAGUUGGUCACAGGGUGA